CGGAAAAAAUAAAAUGGUCAAAAGACCAAAUUGAAAAAUUAAUACAAUUGGUAGAAGGUAACGAGUGUAUUUAUAAUGUUAGAUCUACGAUGUAUUUGGAUCGAAAUGCCAAAGCUCAGGCGUUCAACAAAAUAGUUCAAGAUUUAGAAAUGCCAAGUUUAAAUGUUUUUGAGGUAAAAAAAAAAUGGAAAACCUUAAGGUCGCAAUAUUUGCGAGAAAUUCGCGAAUUCCGCACUUCCAAAAAAAGCGGAUCUGGGGUGGAUGACAUUCCUACACCAAAAUUGUGGUGCUUCUCCCAUUUAAAAUUUCUGGAGUCGUACUCACAAGUAAGGAGCGGAGAAUCAAAUUGCGAGGAUCCUGGUUCGUUGAUUGUUAUUUUCGAAUUGAAUUCAUUGAGACAAUUAAACGAUACACCAAGUACCCACACGACUUCGGCAGAAGUUAUUGAUAUAACUAAUGAUAGCAGCUAUAGAAAAGAAGCAGGAAGAAAACGGGGAAAAGAAAAUGCAUUCCAAAAACUCAAGAAAGACGUGGCUAAUUUUAAGGAUCGUAUGAAAGAAAAGCGAAAUAGGCCAUUUAGUUGGUUGGGGAAUUUAGUAACCACUAAAAUGGAGGAGAUAAUUCCCGAACUACAAGAUGAUGCUGCAUGGGAGAUACAGUGCCUUAUGCGACGAUUGGUGCAACAAUCAAAGAGUGCAUCGUCAUCACGCGCCCUUCCCUCUGAUAUUCUCCAGAAUGCCAUGAGUGGUGUUUUCGACGAAAGUGAUUUCGUUCUUUAAAGAAUGUGAUGAAUUAAAAUAGACUGAAAUGUUAAUUUUCCAUAUUAUGUAUAUAGUUUAGUUGAAGCAAAAA